CUUCUCGCGUGAAACCAGUGUUUUUAAGAAAAAGGAAGCGCCAAGAUGAAACUGAAGCCGAAAGAUGGAGAGAGCUGCCCCGAUAAAGUAGAAAUAAAAAGGCUAUGGGAACUGAAUUGUAAAGAAAGUUUCAAUGUGAUAUGUGUUGGCGCUCUGUUCAGACAGAAUGGCAUGGCUGUGGUGACAGGGGGAGAGGAUGCGAUUGUGCGAUGCUACAACCUGACACCAUCAGGGAGCCUGGCUUCCCUUGUCCCACAGAUUACAUUGGAGACCAAGAGUGGGCCCAUUCAGACCAUGGUUAUCCAUGACAUGACCAAGUUCUAUAACAACGACCUGAUCGUGGGCGACUCCCUGGGUGCCCUGACUGUCAUCUGUAACCAGCAGAUACUGAGUCGACAGAGCGUCUCCCCCAGCAGCAUCAGCACCCUCCAGGUGUACCACGACACAGCGGGGACAUCAUCAGUCAUCAUGUGUAAUGACUCGGGGUUGGUAUCAGCAGUCCUGCCCUCUAGCGAACAGUGGAGGGUUGAUCUCAAUAGCACUGCUGGUGUCCCUGUGAGUUCAGUCUCCCCUCUGGCGGUGACGUCGCUGCUGACAGCGGAGCUGGUGGACCAGCAGGGCCGGGAGUGUAACUACGUCCUGGUGGCUGACAAUGCCUGUCACAUCUUCAUCCUGAACCAGGGCGUGGUCAUCAUGGUGCUCACUGCACCAGCACCAGUCACCGCUAUGUGUGAAGGCCGCUUUGUCGCGGUGGACAAGCUGGAUCUGUCACCCCCAGGGAAAGAUGCCCUGCCCACUCCCGCAGUCACCUCUAAACACUGCCACCAGGUGGCGCUAGGCACACAAACUGGCGCCAUCUAUCUCCUCCACAAUUUUACUAUAACUGUUGAUGAAUUUGCCAACGCCCAGAGUCAAGUGACCAACAUUGCCACACUGAGUCGGCCGGACUCCGACACCGACAUGCUGCUGUGCUGUGGGCAGUUCAACCACCUCAACACCUACCAUGAUGGACAGCUGGUGGCUGAAUUCCCAACUCCGGACUGGAUCAACAGCCUGGCGGUGGCAGACAUUGACAAUGAUGGUGUUGCAGAGGCCGUAGUUGGCUGUCUAGAUCACUCUGUGCAUGCUAUUAAGAUACUCUCCUGAUGUCUGAUGGUAGGGUAACUAGCUACAGUGCAUAUGAAGAGCACUCCUGCCGUAUGCAAAUGAGUCGUACCACACGAGGGGAGUCUAAGGCAAGUUCACAGUCAGUAGCCAGUGUGUGCACCGUGUGCAUCAGCGCAGGACUCACACCUUUGCCUCAUUCAGGCCACUAAACAGUCGAGAAAGUCCAGGGAAGGGCAUUCCAUAUCUGAGGAAAGAAACAGAACUCCUGCAAUGUUUUGGAAGACAUCGUCAAUGUUGCUCCACUUAUCCUGGACAUGAUUGGUGACUUAUCAAGGGAUGUUGCAGGCCCAGGUAACACAGUAGCAUUACGCGAGCAACUCUAGCUCCUUCUCCACUGAUUGGCUGUCCACUGCAGGUGUCGUCUCCACCACUGGAGACGUCCUAGUAGAUGUUUUACGUCAGAUGGCUGGUGCAUCACACAUAUGCUGUAGAUGUGUAGCCGUCACUGGACUCUCCUUAAAGCUACAUCUGUGUUGCCUGUGGUGAAGUAUGUGUGUCAUGUUUCAAUCUCCUCAAAACGCUGAAAAAGUGGUGAUUUCUGAACUCCAAAGAUUGCUUAGAGUGACAAUGAAUGGGAUUAGUUAUAUGGCACUUUAUAAUGAACAUGUGAAGCAAUUUCUCUGAAAUAUACCAGCAACAAUUGGUUGUUUUUCUUCAAGCUUUUUCAUAAACCUUUUUCCUGGUUCAAAUCCAAAACUUCAAGAUUUGUAAGUGAAAAAAGUUCAAGUCGCAAAACCUUUUGCCUUUGAGUAUAUGUGCUACCAGUACUGUGUACUGCAGUGUACUACAGUGUACUGCUAUGUACUCCUGUGUACUACAGUGUACUCCUGUGUACUACAGUGUACUCCAGUGUACUGCUAUGUACUCCAGUGUACUACAGUGUACUGCUAUGUACUCCAGUGUUCUACAGUGUACUGCUAUGUACUCCUGUGUACUACAGUGUACUCCUGUGUACUACAGUGUACUCCAGUGUACUACAGUGUACUGCUAUGUACUCCAGUGUACUACAGUGUACUGCUAUGUACUCCUGUGUACUACAGUGUACUACAGUGUACUGCUAUGUACUCCUGUGUACUACAGUGUACUGCUAUGUACUCCUGUGUACUACAGUGUACUACAGUGUACUGCUAUGUACUCCUGUGUACUACAGUGUACUGCAGUGUACUGCUAUGUACUACAGUGUACUACAGUGUACUGCUAUGUACUCCUGUGUACUACAGUGUACUACAGUGUUCUACAGUGUACUGCUAUGUACUCCUGUGUACUACAGUGUACUACAGUGUACUGCUAUGUACUCCUGUGUACUACAGUGUACUGCAGUGUACUGCUAUGUACUACAGUGUACUACAGUGUACUGCUAUGUACUACUACUGUGACAAGAUCAGUGUCCCAACCUUGGUGAGAACAGGUCCCUGGUGAGAACUGCUUGUCCUGAGUGAUGGUGGCUACAAGGAUCAGGUGUUGCGUGUCCUCCUCCCUGAUUCCACGGCUGCAGAUGGUUUUGUCUGUCCCAGGUUUGAUUGCAGGCCGCCAUGUUGUGGCUGGUAUGAUGUGGGUGGUAUACUGCUAACUGGGUUGUCACCAAACAGGAACUGAUGUGCCAGCGGGUAUCGGAACUAUUGUGUAUUGCCAGUUGUGAUCAUGACUUUGUAGUGAGUUGUGUAAUAUGCAUGUAAGAGGUUGAUGAAAGACACACUGUGUGUGUCCGUGUGUGUCCAUUAAAUCCUGUGAUUUAUAUGAAUGGGUGUUUUGGGGGGACCAAAACAUGGACAGCAAAUAUAUUAUUACUGAAAAUCUUUUUUAUGUUGACUUUUUGCUCUAUAAAUAUUGUCAUCUUGUCA